AUCUUUAUCUUCCUAAUCCUAUCUCUUUCCUUUUUCUUAUUCAAUGGAGCUUUUGUCUGAUCAUUUGCUAUCAAUCUCAGGCAUUUUCAGCUUGAUUUUCUUCGGGUUUACCAUAUUAUUCUCUCUAUUCUCUUUGUUAAUCUUUCUAAUUAGGCUAAAACCAUGGUGUAAUUGUGAGAUUUGCAAGAGUUAUGUAACAGCCAGUUGGACUAAGGAUUUUGAUAAUCUUUGUGAUUGGUAUACUCAUCUUCUCAAAAAAUCUCCCACUGGUACAAUUCAUAUUCAUGUUCUUGGCAAUAUUAUUACUUCAAAUCCUGAAAAUGUCGAAUAUAUUCUCAAAACAAACUUUGAAAAUUACCCAAAAGGUAAACCUUUUUUCACUCUUUUGGGUGAUCUUUUAGGUCGAGGAAUUUUCAAUGUUGAUGGUGAUUCUUGGAGAUUUCAGAGAAAAAUGGCGAGUUUGGAACUCGGCAGUGUUUCUAUAAGAACUCAUGCUUUUGAACUCGUGAUGAGUGAAAUCAAGAACCGAUUAAUUCCUCUCUUUUCUUCAGUCUCAAGUAAUCCUAAUAAUCAAGAAAAGGGUGUCAGUGUUCUUGAUUUACAAGAUGUUUUCAGAAGAUUUUCUUUUGAUAAUAUUUGUAAAUUUUCAUUCGGUUUAGAUCCCGGCUGCUUAAAAUUAUCUCUACCAAUUUCUGAGUUCGCACUCGCUUUUGACACCGCGUCAAGAUUAUCAGCGGAACGGGCAUUAGCUCCGUCGCCGUUGAUAUGGAAGGUCAAAAGGUAUUUAAAUAUCGGAUCGGAGAAGAAACUUAAAACAGCCAUCAAAAUGGUGAACUCGCUCGCCGAAGAGAUGAUAACUCACCGGAAAAAUCAAGAUUUCAGGAACAACAAAGACCUUUUAUCAAGAUUCAUGGGAUCAAUCAACAACGACGACAAAUAUCUUCGAGAUAUUGUAAUAAGUUUCCUUUUAGCUGGUCGUGAUACGAUCGCAUCUGGUUUAACGAGUUUCUUCUGGUUAAUAUCACAAAACCCGGAAGUUGAAUCAGCGAUCAGAAACGAGUCAGACCGAGUUUUGGGUUCGAGCCAUACUGAGUUAACAAGCUAUGAACAGUUGAAAGAAUUACAUUACCUUAACGCUGCUAUUUAUGAAAGUAUGAGACUUUUCCCUCCGGUUCAAUUUGAUUCAAAAUUCUCUGAAGAAGAUGAUAAAUUACCAGAUGGUACAUUUGUUAGUAAAGGGAGUAGGGUUACGUAUCAUCAAUACGCAAUGGGUAGAAUGGAGACUACAUGGGGACAAGAUUGUCUUGAAUUUAAACCUGAAAGAUGGUUAAAAAAUGGAGUUUAUGUACCGGAAAGUCCGUACAAGUACCCGGUUUUUCAAGCCGGGUUUAGGGUUUGUUUAGGUAAAGAUUUGGCAUUAGUAGAGAUGAAAAGUGUAGCUCUUUCUGUGAUUAGAGCAUUUAAUAUUCGAGUCAUGGAUCCAAAUCAGGCUCCGAGAUUCUCUCCGGGUCUUACAGCCACCGUGAGAGGUGGAUUACCGGUGGUGAUUCAAGAAAGGGAAAAGGAAACCUCUACAUGAAGGAAAUAUGCAUUGGUUGGUCAUGCAAUUUAUGUAAUUAAUUAGUUGAUUGGCGGAGAGAAUAUUUAUUAAAAAUACAGCACGUGCCUCUGAAUUCAGUGACUUAUUAGUAUCUUUGUAAAUAUUAGUAAUUAAUUAAUAUAAGUAAUGCGUUAUUAUCUCUAAA